AGUCAGUCUGUCCAUCGGCGUUUUACAUUUUCUUGGGAAUUCCGCCGUUUAGUGCUUUUGAAGAUUAUUGCAAAGUAUGAAAAAUGGCUAUAAAUUUAGAAAAACAUAAACAAGACCUCAUUGCUGCGUGGAAAGAUGUUUUGGAUGAGAAAACAGAGACGAAUUGGGCAUUAUUUGGCUAUGAUGGAAUGUCAAAUGAUCUUAAAUUUGUCAGCAAAGGUGACGGAGGCCUUACAGAACUCAUCGAUGACUUUAACAGUGGGAAAAUACAAUAUGCAUUUUUAAAAGUCGACCUUCCCGACGGCACUAUAUCUAAAUAUGUUCUUAUCAACUGGCAGGGGGAAGGUGCACCUACAGUCCGUAAAGGUACAUGCGCGAAUCACAUCAAACAUAUAGCUCAGUUCUUUACUGGUUUCCAUAUGACAAUGCACGCAAGGACCGAGGAUGAUCUAGAAGAAAGAAUCAUUUUAGAGAAGGUGGCCAAAGCUGGAUCGGCGUUUAAUUUCAAGUCCAGCAGACAUGAGGAACUACCACCGAGCGGGCCUGUGGGCACGGCCUACCAUAAAGUUAAUCCAGUUCAAGAAAUAAAUUCCAAAGAAAGGGACCAAUUCUGGUUAAAAGAAGAACAAGAGGAGAAGAAACGAGUUGAAGCUGAAAGAAAGAGAAGGGAAGAGGAAAAGAAGAAAUCUGAAGAAGACGUCAAAAGAAGGGACGCGUUGGAGGCGGCUAAGAGAGCGACCGCUGAACAACAAAAGGCGGGCGGGGGCGCGCUGAGCGCGAGCGAGGCGCUGCGGCGCCAGCGCUCGGCCGAGGCGCGCCAGCUCAUCGGCGCCUCCACCGCCGCCGCGCGGAAGCUGUUCCAGCAGAACCUCGCGCAGGGGCAGAUCACCGCCAGAUCCAAUUCGAUACCAGAGAAACCGGUGCGCAGUUCGGUUAUAGCGCAACGAAUAAACACGUUCUCGCAAAACACAUCCCAGCCAGCUUCGCCGAGUCAUCCCAAAUCGCCCCCGGCAUCCGUGACCACUAAUCCCGUAGUUCCUACGUCGAUACCCAUCGCGGCUGCCAACAACGCAGUCCCGAUGACCGAAGAAGAAACGAUCCAGGCUCUCCUCGCGGAGGAGCCCCAGGAUCAACUUAAAACGAGCCCGCUUAAAAAUAUAGACAAAAUAAAAAUGAGCCUCGAGAGCCCGUCCCAGAUACAAUACGAGCCAAUCAUUGAUCCCGCGGAUCUGAGCCCGAGUACGGAGAACGAGGCCGGUUCGUUCAGCGCUAUCGGCUACUCGGAGUACCAAGAGAACUGCAAGGAUACCGGUCUGAAGCAGAGCGAGCCGAUGAUUAAACAGAAUAUUCUAGAAAACGACAUGUUCGACGCGUCGUAUUCGAGUUCCAAUGAGAACGAUGACGACGAUAGCGAUAAUAAGUUUAGUACGAUAAAGCGGUCGCCGUACAGCAAGAACGCGGACGAGAGGGAGCUCAGUCGACAGAAUACGGUCAUCGAGAAUGUCAACUACAAGAAGGAGAACGGAACUACAACGCUAGACGAUGUCUCUCCAGAGGGCAUGGAGGAAGAGAGCACCAUAUAUGAGGAUUUGGAUGACGACCCCGGACUCACCGCGCGUGCCCUCUACGACUAUCAAGCAGCGGACGAAUCCGAGAUAACGUUCGACCCGGGUGACAUCAUCACCCACAUCGAGCAGAUCGACGCGGGCUGGUGGCAGGGGCUCGGCCCGCACGGGGUGUUCGGCCUGUUCCCCGCCAACUACGUUGAGCUGCUGCCCUGCCAUCCGCGCUAACAGAGCCGCGUCCACACUUCAAUCGAGAUCCUUUCACCUCGACACCGACAAUUAAUGAACAGAGGCUACGUGCAUCCGCCUGAGGGGGUAACAUUAGAUAUUCUACCGUCAAAUACUCUAUAUUCUUGUUUUUAUAUUUGAGUGAGUAUCGCCAGUCACCUAGGAUAUAUUAUUUUUGAUUCCGAUGUUCGUCACCAGGUGGCCAAUUUGUUCAACUCACUUAUAAAAAUAAAUUAAAAUGGUAGACGCGAGGCGCGCAUUUUAAUCACAGGAUCAAAGUCGAAAGGUUUUUGAUUGAAAAUCUGUUCAGACGAUUGAAAUAGCUUAUUUAAUGGCAGUUAUUAGAUCGCAGAUUUGAUUCGUUUAGUUCAAUAGUUGAUCGAGUAAAAUCGAUUCAUUAAAUUCCGCUGUUAAUAUAUAAGAUAAAAUCGAACAAAUAAAGAUCACAUACAUUUUUUUUUGUCACGUGAAACGACAAAAAUGUGACUGGUUUUUCGUUAUUAUUAAUUAAACAAUAAGGAGUUUUUUUUAUCGAUUAUUAUGUUACGAAUGUUUGAAAGAUAUUCGGCCUAAGGACAGACCGUCUUCGUCGAAAUUGUAUUGCUUUAUGCUUACAUUAGCUACGAACAAUCAUUUUAUAAUAGACGUUUUUAUUUAAUUAUAAUAAUUGAUCUCUUUUGGAUUAUCGUUCGUUUAUUGUCCUAUGCUUAUUAUUGCAUUUAUAAACUUACUAUAUUAAUGUUAGUCAUUCUUAUAUGCAUUUUUUUAUUAAUUUAUACAUUUAAGUAUUAAUUAAUGUUUAUACUGAUUGUUUUUGAGUCUUCUUCAUGUUAGAGAAAAAAAUUUUGUAACAUGCUUUAUUAAAAUAUAAAUAUUAUAAAAACUAUAAGCUUAAUUUUAUCAAAGGUACUGUUUCUUAUUUUAAUGAGUUUUUCUUAUAUAAAAUUAUUGAAUGACAAUUUUAUUUAAUCAUUUAAAAGUAUUAUUUAUUCAAC